CCCAUCUAUCCUCAAUCACCUGCAGGAUGGCAGGUUGCCCUCCGUGCCAUAAAACUUCUCUAUGCCCAGCGACAAAACAAGCAGUGCACUGCGCGCGUCUCGGAGCUGCUCAUAACCGCGCCAGAGCCAAUCCAUCCUGUUCACCAGACGUUCCUCUAUUUCUACAGCGCCAUCUGCUAUGAGGCAAUGGGCCUUUCCGCUCACAAUUACUCUCGCAACAAGCUCCCAUUGCUGCACUCUGCUCUAGACUGUUUCACCCACUGCAGUGCUGUCUUGCCGAGCCCAGUCCCAACCACCGAGCGCUACUCACACAUUUCCGAGGCUUUAUUUACUUCAGUUCCCUCGGAUUGGUCCUCGUAUUCUGACUCCCCGGGAUCGAGAACUAGGCCCUCGAGCCUUGCAAGCAGCCUUGCGGACAUGAUCGAACGAUCUCUCAUCUACGGCAGCGUGGAUGGGGAUCCCUUUGUCUCACACGAUGGCGAUGAUGAAGACAGACAGUUUCAAGAAGAGCUAUGCACCGGGAUUCUAGCUACAAGCGCCAGCGCAUGUGAUGAUGCACCGAAAGCAAGCAAGACCAGUGAUUUACAUGCUUGGACAAAUCGCCCAGCAGCCAACAGUGUCGGCACAAGCAAGAUUCCUCUUCCUCGUCCACCUUCCAAGAUUCCUCUCAAAGUUGCUCCACGACACGUUCGAACCCCUUCUCCCGACCCUCGACACGGGACACAUUUUGCAGAAGCCAUUUCUAGCUUGGAAGAAGGGCGGAGAAUGCUUCCAUACCCCACAGAGUGGUCCAACCAUAUCUCAAACUACAACAGCAGUAUACGCUCUCUUAACACCCAUAUCACCUCGAGCAUCGCCACAAUCCGGGCCAUGAUUGAGGAAGUAACCCAGAUGCAGCACGCUCGCCGAGUGUCGAAGAGUAUCCGACGCUCGGCAUCUUUCUGGAGCUUCAGUCCUGUAAAGGAGGGAGAUCGGAGUUCUUCUUCGUCGGCUGUAUCUCGUGCCAAGCCUGCUGAUAACAGCUCGGGACGAGUACUCGUCACAGAGAGCAUGGAGCAGCGAAUUAAGAGGCUACGCAGUGAAGGGUGGCAGACAGUUGGAACCAAGUCUCAGCGGCGAGGGUGGAAGGGAGAGGAGUACUACCGGGCCUACUGCUCCAGAGUCUUGGAAGAGCUAUACCUGAAG